GUGAAGCAAAAAGAAAAAUGUAACGUAAUGGAAAACUCGAGCUACUACACUUCUUUACUCAAGUAUAUGGGUAAAUGCCAUUUUCACUCGAUGACAUAAUAGAUGUGUUUACCAAGAACACAUUUCUUGUUGUGUUGGUCGAGAUAUUGCUAAUAAUAUUUACUAGAAAAUCAACAAUCCCAUACUAUAUUUUGCUAACUACUAUACUAUUGCUAAUCUUAUCUAACUGGACCAAACAUCAUAAUCUACCUCAAUCCUGGAAUAACCUCAAUGAGAACGAUAUUGUACUAAUCACUGGUGGGGCAAAUGGUUUAGGUCUAGCUAUGGUGGAACAUUUUUUGGCAAAGAAAAUAACAAUCUACGUGUUGGAUGUGACUGAACCAGCACUUACGAAUGAGAAACUUGUAUUUGUGAAAUGUGAUCUUGGAAAUGAAGAUACGUUAGGUUUGGAAUUACAAAGAAUAAUUCUGGAAUUGAACCAAUCCAACCGUCAUAUAAGCGUGCUUAUCAAUAAUGCUGGGAUACGUGAUAGCCGUUCAUUGUUGAAUCUCAAAGAAGUGAAAAUUAAGAAUAUGGUGAAUAUCAACUUUAUGGCUCCUAUUUGGAUAUUACGAGAAGUUAUCCGGAACCAUAUAGAACAAGUUUUACCCAAGGAUCCCGAGGCAACGUUGUUUGUUGUUACUGUGUCUUCGAUUUUGGGGACAUUAGCUCCCAAAAACUUGUCAAUAUACGCGGCAACAAAAGCCGCGUUGAUUCUGUUGCAUGAAGCAAUGUCUCAAGAAUUGAAGGAGUACGAAGGGAUAAGAACCUUGUUGGUGACUACCGGACAAUUAAGCACAGCAAUGUUUCAAGAUGUUGAACCAUCAAGACUAUUCUUUGCACCGAUUGUCAAUCAUUUUAAAUUAGCUCAAGAUAUUGUUGCCAAGAUCGAUGUUGGUUACAGUGGAACCAUUUGCCGUCCAUUUUAUGCCAAUUUCCUCCCCAUGGUACGGACAUUUCCUACAAUAUUACAAGACUUUUGUCGUAAAAUUUCCCAAAUGGAUGAUAAAAUCAAGGACAAUUAAUCCUAUGUGCAUAUAUUAUAUACCUAAAGACUCUUUUUAUCCACCUUUUCAAACUCAUUACCUAAUAACUCAAUAAAUUUAUCUCUAUUGAAAAAUCCAAUUACAUCAAAAAACUUGGUAAACUCAAAUGAAGUAACCACUCUCUGUUUUCUGUCGCCAAAUGUAACGCUAAUAUGAUAAAUUGGAUCAAAUUUGUUGGCAGUCCAUGUGGCAAUUGUGACUUUUCUUCCCUUUUUGUUGUAGCCGGUGUAUUUCACAUUUUUGUUCAAGAAGUUAAGUAAAUAUAACAACCCACUACAGAAUCCAUAAAGCACAAUUGAAAUCACAGUGAUGUUGUAACUUUCCUUGAAUGUGAAUUUCUUAUCCACAAGAAAUAAGAGACCAGCGAUGACAACAGUGGCUACUCCCAACCCUAAUUUGAUAUCUAUUAGGGCAAAUGAUUCUUCAUAUCCAAAUUGUUGCAUUACUUGACCCAAUUGAUCAUCAGUGGCUUGACGUAAAUCAUUAACCGAAUUUAAAUUGGUCUUUUUAAGUUCAGAGGACAUCUUUUUCAGCUAUACUAUUGCUUGUAUUC